UCUUUAAUCUGUCUGAUGUUUCUCAAGAUCUGACCACAGGUUUGAGGAAGUCUUGAGUCUUUAACACACUCUGUGUCUUUAAGCGUCUGACAUCAUUCAGUCAGUAUGGAGCUCAGUCCACUUCCUCUUCUGCUCUUGCUGAUCUCAAACAUCUUCUCUCAACAUACUGAAGAAAAACCAAAAGCCAGAGUGAGCAUCAAACCUGCUCAACAUGUGUUCAGAGGAGAGACAGUCACUCUCAGAUGUGAUGUAUAUAGUGAAGGAGUCUCUAGCUGGCUGUACACCUGGUAUAAAGAAGGUUCAGGCCGUGUUUUCAGUGAACUACAGGAACUCACAUUCAGUUCUGUUACUGAGUCUGAUGCAGGUGAAUACUCCUGUAUUGGAGCAGAGACAGGAGGAUCACGAACAUCACACCGCAGUGAUGAAGUUACACUGACAGUAUCAGUUCCCAGAGCAGUGUUAAGUGUUUCUCCACAGAAGUGGUUGACUGAAGGAGAUUCAGUGACUCUGAUCUGUCAGGUUAAUGGUUCCUCUACAGGCUGGACAUUCAGCUGGUUCACUCAAACUCUCUUAUCAGACAACAGCAAUCAUUAUAAUCGUCUCUCAGACAGCAGCAGAGGAGCUGGAGGACACUACACUGUCAGUUCUGCUGAUCUAAAACACACAGGAGUUUAUGUGUGUUCAGCAGAGAGAGGAAAACCAGCCUGUAACACAGACGUCAGCAACACACAGCUACUGUGGGUCACUGGUGUUUCUCCUCCAGUCUCUCUGAUCGUCAGUCCCAGCACAACUCAACACUUCACAUUAAUCUCUCUCUCUCUGAGCUGUGAGGGACAGAGUAACUCUGGUGGGUGGAGAAUGAGAAGAUACACAGACAGAUCAGGGCUGGAAGAUUGUUCAUCAGAGUGGGGAUCACAAACAGGAUCCACAUGUACAAUCAGAUCCACCAGCACAGGUGACACUGGAGUGUACUGGUGUGAGUCUGAAUCUGGAGAGAAAACUCAUCCUGUGAAUAUCACUGUACACCUUAAUGUGAUUCUGGAGAGUCCUGUUCAUCCUGUGACUGAAGGAGAGAAUCUGACUCUACGCUGUUUAGAUAAAUACUCAACUCCAAACCUCAGAGCUGAUUUCUAUAAAGAUGGGACACUCAUCCAGAGUCAAACUACAGAGAUGAUCAUCUCUACUGUCUCAAAGUCAGACGAGGGUUUCUACUCCUGCAAACACAGAGAGAAAGGAGAGUCACCCGAGAGCUGGAUCUCAGUCACAGCUUCCUCCAGAACAUCAGGAUCUGAUCUCAAUCCUGUGAUAGUUGGAGUUACUGCUGGACUCACAGUUUUGAUCAUUGUCGUCUUGGUCCUGCUGUGGUGCUACAGAAACUACAAAGGUUCAUCUUCUGCCAGAUUAAAAUUCAGUUACACAUUUCCUAAACCUGUGACCUGUUGUCCUUCAGCAGCUGGUUAUCUUAUCUUAACCAGUCUCCAAAACUGACAAAACCUGUACGUUGACUGAUUUUAAAGGUCCUGUUUUUCGUGCUUUUUUGAAGCUUUGAUUGUGUUUACAGUGUAACAGUGUAUACAAUAUAACAUGUGUUCAUGUUUCGUGUGUUAUAUUGUAUACACUGUUACACUGUAAACUGUAUGUAUUUUUAAUACAUAAAAACGGGCUGAUGACUUCCUUGUUCUAUAAAGUCCCUCCUCACGUAACAUGUUCUGAUUGUGCCAGCGGUUCCUGUGUUGUGAUUCGACACCAGCUUUCCUGGAAACACGAUUGGGCUAGUUUUGAGAAGCAAAUGGGAAGGAUUUAUUUUGAAAACCUGGCAAUCCUGAUCUGAACCAUAGAGAGUAAAAGAACACACGUGCUGGAGAUAUACUUAUAAUCACAGGGCCGUUUUUACUGACGAGAUGGGCCCUAUUGCCCUAACAUCUAGUUAAUAAAGCUAAACAGCAUUGCCCUUUGUGUAAUAAGUUACAGAAACUGUUAAACGCACCAACUUAAAUAAUAAAAUACACUUACCGGUUGUGGUCCAUAAACAACGCCUUCUCCAGACAAAGAGGAACUGCUCCUUCUUUCAAGAAUAAUCUUUGUGCGAGUCCAGCAUUAAACUGAUUGAGAUUGAGGAAGCUGUCCUCAGCAAAAUCUGCUGCACGUAGUUUUACAUGUGGAUUAUAAUUUUCGGGAACCGAGUUAAACAUAAAUUGUAGCCAUUAAUCUCUAAGUACAGCGUCCCUGGGAAUCCCAAACAAAGAUGAUUGGACUCCGAGAUGAAAAUAACAGCGUUUCAAACGACAUGGCGACAAACACAAACGCAGCUCUUCCUCUUCUCCGUCGGAGCACAACAAGACCACGCCCCCCUGUUUGUGU